GCUGUUUUAAUUUUUACGAGUUGUCGCGUUGUCGGAUACGGGUGAAAUAAAAAAAUAAAAAAAAAAAAAAAAAAAGGAGCCAGCCAAACAGCAGCAGCACCUUAUCAUCACGUGAGAGAGACAAUGGUUUCGGCUACGUACUUGUGAACAAGAUACACCCAAAUCUAUUUUUUUAAAAUUAAAUUAAACACAUUAUAAUUAAUUAAAUUGUACAUCAUAAAAAGUGAAUAAAUCAUUGGCCUCGUUGGAUAUAUUAACAAUUAAAAAAGAUUAGACUUUUUGGAGUCGAUUUAAUUUGAAAAUUAAAAAUGACGGAAUACUGGUUAAUAUCAGCACCAGGUGACAAAACAUGUCAACAAACAUGGGAAACAUUGAAUACUGAAACGGCAAAAACACAUUCAUUGUCGUCAAAUUAUAAAUUUCAUAUACCUGAUUUAAAAGUUGGUACAUUGGAUCAACUUGUUGGUUUAUCUGAUGAUCUUGGUAAGCUUGAUGCAGCUGUUGAACAAAGUACUAGAAAACUUGCUGCAUAUAUGGGUGAAGUACUUGAAGAUCAAAGAGAUAAACUUCAUGAAAAUCUACAGGCCAAUAACAGUCAAACGUCAAUGGAUGAUGAUGGUGACGGAACGAGUUUCGAUGGGGGUCCGGACACCCCACCAAAUACCCCUGUAACACCAUCACACAACAAGAACAACAAGGAACAACACAACAGACUUUGGAAGGAUACGGAUAAAUACGAUCAAGAACCAGCACCCAGCCUAGGUCAGCAUCAUCAACGUCAUCACCACCAAAGUCAUCAUAACCAUUCCUAUUAUCAUGAUAAUUAUCAAUACCAAUACCAAAAUCAUAAUCAUAAUCAUCAUCAAAAUCAUCAUCAUCAUAAUCAUAGUCAUAAUCAAAAUCAUCAUUCAAAUAGUGAUAAAAAAUCAUCAAUAAAUUCCCAAUCAAACUGUGAAGUACGUACGCAAAAUGACUCGUCAAUAUAUUCGUGUUAUCAUACACAUUGGUGCGCAGCUUCUUCAUCACCAUCACCAACUCCAACUCCAACAAGUCCAACAAGUCCUUGUCCUUCCUUAUCAUCUGACUGGAGCAGCGAUGGUGAAUAUUCCACACGACGUAAUGCACAUCAUCGUCGAAAAGCAUUAAGAUUAUCACAUCGUUCAACAUCAACAAGUUCAAAAUUAAUUGGUGAUUAUGAUGACAACAAUGCAACUGAUGAGGAUCAAAUUCAUGAACAAGAACAAGACGAAGACGAUAGUGGCAUUCUGCCUAAUCCAGGUGAUUUGCCAACGUACAUAACACGUUUCCAAUGGGAUAUGGCAAAAUAUCCAAUAAAGCAAUCAUUGAGAAAUAUUGCUGAUAUUAUUGGUAAACAAGUUGGUCAAAUUGAUGCUGAUUUAAAAACAAAAUCAACAACUUAUAAUAAUUUAAAAGGAAGUCUUCAGAAUCUCGAAAAAAAGCAAACGGGAAGUUUAUUGACUCGUAAUCUUGCUGAUCUUGUAAAAAAAGAACAUUUUAUACUUGACAGUGAAUAUUUGUCAACACUACUUGUUAUUGUUCCAAAAUCAAGUUUUGAUGAAUGGAAAACUGGUUAUGAAAAAUUAACAGAUAUGAUUGUUCCACGUAGCACUCAAUUGAUAACUCAAGAUUCUGAAUAUGGUUUAUAUACUGUAACAUUAUUUAAAAAAGUUGCUGAAGAAUUUAAACUUCAUGCACGUGAAAAAAAAUUUAUUGUACGUGAUUUUACGUAUAAUGAAGAAGAACUUGCUGCUGGUAAAAAUGAAAUAACUAAAUUGGUUACUGAUAAGAAAAAACAAUUUGGACCACUUGUACGUUGGCUUAAAGUCAAUUUUAGUGAAUGUUUUUGUGCUUGGAUACAUGUCAAGGCUCUUCGUGUUUUUGUCGAGUCUGUUUUGAGAUACGGAUUGCCAGUUAAUUUCCAGGCAAUUUUAUUGCAUCCAAAUAAAAAAAGUACGAAAAAAUUGCGUGAGGUUCUGAAUACUCUUUAUUCACAUUUGGAUUCAUCUGCAACAUCUGGAGGACAAUCAGGCAAUCAAGAUAGUGUCGAUAUUCCUGGCUUAGGUUUUGGCCAAAACGACUACUUUCCUUAUGUCUACUACAAAAUCAACGUUGACAUGCUUGACACAAAGGUUUAGAUAAUUAUAAAUAAAAGCAAAAAACAACAACAACAAAAUUGUCAAUAUAAGCAUCCUUCAGGCGCACAGCCCAUAUUUGUCCCUUAUAAUUAUUUUUAUUAAUAAUAACAUUAUUAUUAUUUUAUCUUUUUUUUUUUUUCAAUCAACUCGCUGCCUAAAAAAACAAAGCUUCAUAUUAAAAAAAAAAAAAACAAUAAUUAAUAUAAAACGAAUUGAAAAGAAUAAUGAAAUUAUUAAAAAUAAAAAUAAUCAUCUUGCUAUGGAUUCCAAAAAUUGAUCGUUAAAUCAAUUAAAUUAGCAAUUUUAAUUUUUUCUUCUAUCAUAUAAAAUGUAUUUUUAUUAUUAAAUUUGUUUUUUUUUUUUUCUCAUUAAAUUAUUAGAAUCAAAAAACGGAAAUAUUAAUCCAGACAUAGUUGAAAGUAUGUACCCAACUGUAAAUAUUUUUUGCGUCUAAUGAUCUUUUUCAAAAUGCUAAUAAAAAUUUGAAAUAGUUAAUAAUUAAAGUUCAAAUUUGAAAAUAUUGUAGAGUGCUGAUUGGAAUUUUAAUGUGUGAAUAAUAUUCCAUUCUUUGGGUUUGUUGAAUACAUAAUAUAUAUUUUUUUCCCCAUGAACAAUUGCUCUUAGGAUUGAUGAAUGUUAAAAAAGGAUAAUUAAAUUAUUUGAGUAUAAUAAAAUUGAAAAAAUAUCCGUCUAUUUUCAUUAAAUGAAAAAUAUAAAUAAAUUACAAGAUAUAUUUUUUUGUUCAACUUGAAAAUACAGAGAGAGGUACAUAUUGAAAAUGUGUUAAAUAUUUUAAUGAAAUAAAUGAGAAUCAUUAAGUAUUUUUAAUGAAAAAUAAUAAAAUUAUUUUCAAUAUAUUAUUGAUAAAUCAGGUCUAUGUGCGCGAUAUUCCAAAAUUUGCAAAAUGCAAAUAACGACAAUUAAAAUCAAUAAAUAAAUAAGACAAUGAUUAAAAAUUAAAAAAUAGGCAAAAUACGAACGAAAAAAAAA